AUGCGUCCUGGCAUUCACACCUACUGUGCCUCUCCCCAGGAGGUAAGAGUUGGUUGGUGCCAGUGGCUUCAUCUCUGCUCUGACAGCGAUCACCAAAUUCGCGCCGAAAAUCUGAUCGCCGAUCUUGCCGCUGAGGAGCGCAGCUCCAACUCUUUACCCAGAAAGAGUGCCUUGCGUUCCACCACCGACAAGAGCCUGCCAAAGAAGCGAGUCACCUUUCGCGAUGCGGUGACCAUCAAACAUGUCUCGAAGCCUGGCCAGUUUAGCCAUGUUCAGAAUGGCUCCAGGGUGACCAAGGGUCCAGAUCGCAUAUUUUAUCAAGAGGUGGCUCAAGGAUCAACUGGGGGUCAAUCGGACCAAGACUGGAGCGGGGUGGAUGGUGGUGGGCGUGUUCCCAAUCAAAGUCUUCUGGGUUUGUGUGUUGAUAAUGCGGUGGCCCACACUGUCCACUCGGCUGCAAGGGAGGAAUGGUCUGUCAGUGGUAGCGCAACACGAAAUGCAUCGAGACACCGGAAGCGGCUCGUGGGAGGUUUACCUGUGGUAGUGCGGCAACGGCUGCUUCGAGACGGCGCAAUCGAUACGGAGGGACCAUGCGCCCGAGAUUUCCGCUUAGUGGCAGGGUGCGAGCGUGGCGGGAUGGCGGGAGCUCAGCCCUAA